AUGGACUUGGGCUCCGACUCCCAGGGUCAGCCUGCGAGUAAUGGCAACGAGACCACCUCACAAGCUCAUCUGGAUCAACUUGGAUGGGAGGAAAAUACCACAAAAUAUGCGGCAGAAAGUGAUAAUAUAGUCGAAAUGCGGAGGCGGAUCCAUGCUAUCUGGAAAUUAGAUGUUUCAAGCCAGGAAAAAGCCCGGUUGAUGCAUGGAAUCAUGACAGAAGGAUAUUACUCCGCGGUCAAGUCCCGCUCUCCUCCACCCACACCCCAAGGACACGAUGCCCCUUGUACUCCAGAGUCAUCAAGAAAGCAACGAGCGCUAGGCAAUCUUUCGUCUAGCUCAGAGUUGGGCAGUGGCAUAUCCGGAAGCCCGUAUUAUCUAUCGCAGGAAGACUUGAAACGAACAUACUUUUGCAGGUCUGUUAAUGAUAACCAACCUGCAGAUGACCCCUUUAUGGACAAUAUUGAAGAAGCCGCAUCCGACGAAGUAGUCGAGCUAGGCUGCAUGCACUACAAAAGGAACGUGAAGAUCCAAUGCUUUACGUGUAAGAAAUGGUACCCUUGUCGGUUCUGUCAUAAUGAGAGCGAAUCUCAUACCCUUGAUCGAAAGAAAACAGAAAACAUGCUUUGCAUGCUAUGUUAUUCUCCACAGCCGGCAGGCCAAUGGUGCAAUUCCUGUGGCGCCCAAUCAGCCUUUUAUUAUUGCUCUAUAUGUAAACUCUGGGAUGAUGAUGCUGAAAAAAGCAUAUACCAUUGCGGUGAUUGUGGAAUCUGUCGCCUUGGUCAGGGACUUGGAAAAGAUUUUUUCCACUGCCAGACUUGCUCUGCCUGUAUACCAAUUGCGAUUCAAAAAACCCACAGAUGCAUUGAACGCUCAACGAAAUGCGAUUGUCCAAUAUGCGGAGAGUUCAUGUUCAGCUCACCCAAUACGGUCAUUUUCAUGCGAUGUGGCCAUAGCAUACAUCAAAAAUGCUUUUCUGAGCAUUCUCGCAGUUCAUAUCGCUGCCCCAUUUGUAGCAAGAGUGUUACAAACAUGGAGGCUAACUUCAGAAACCUUGAUCGGACCAUCAUGAGCCAGCCAAUGCCUCCUGAACUUAAAGAUACAAAUGCCUUUAUAUAUUGCAACGAUUGCCAUGCGAAGAGCGUUGUGCCAUACCAUUGGCUGGGCCUGAAAUGUGAAAUAUGUGAGUCAUACAACACUAUCCAAAGGCAGUUGUUGAACGGUAGUUACAAUCCGGCACAACCUACGGAAGGUAGACAGAACUCCAUUAGUGGUGGUCAAGGCCUCGCCGUUCCUACACAUGGAACUUCCAACGAUCACCGUACCGGAUCCAGGAAUUCUGUCUUCGAGACGCCAGGCCAUCAUUUCGACGAGGCACCUACUGAUAGUGGAGCAUCACAGGCCCGUAGCCUUCCUCAUACAUCUUUUCUUCAUAGUUCGAGAGCAGCUCCAAAGUCGCCAGUAGUCACGAACUACUUUGCACUUAGCCGUCAAGAAGACGUAGAUAGCUCAACAUCCCAAUCCAGGGGACCCAUGCGACUAACUAGAGGAAGCUUUAGUGGUUUUAAUUUCUGGAGCGGUGUAAAUAUAAAGGAAAGACUCGGGCUAAUCGGGAGCAGUGAUGCUGAAACCGAUCCUGGGAGUGACGGUAGCUCAGACAACCAGGAAACAGAAGAUGAGGAUGACGAGGACGAGGACGAGGAUGAAAGUCCUGACACCAUUGAUAUCUUUGGUCACCGCUAG